AUGUCCGUUGUCUACUUCAUUUACAUUCAAUUUCAUUACAUAUGGCUCUAUGCACCAUCCUUCUGGUUACCUAUCACCACCACCUUAUUAGUACCCCUCAUUGGUAACCUUUGCUCUAAAUCCGCAACACCCUUCCCAAUUACGCUCGAGGAACUCAUGGAAGUUUUCUUGCUACUCACGGUUUAG